GCGAGGAUUUCACCUGCAGCACGACACGCGCCGCACACAGCACACACACACAGCACACACACACACACGCGCGCGCGCACAAACACACACAGCGGGUCAGAACCACACACUCGGCGCCGAACCGAGACCGAACCGGAACCAUGUCUGUAGCGGGUCUGAAGAAACAGUUCCACAAAGCCACUCAGAAAGUGAGUGAGAAGGUGGGCGGAGCUGAGGGAACAAAGCUCGACGAUGACUUCAUGGAAAUGGAAAAGAAAGUGGACGUCACCAGCAGGGCUGUGCUGGACAUCAUGACCAAAACCACAGAGUACCUGCAGCCCAAUCCUGCGACUCGUGCUAAGCUGAGCAUGAUGAGCUCCAUGUCUAAGAUCCGUGGUGGUGAUAAGGGUCCGGGCUACACGCAGACCGAGACCAUGCUGGGAGAGACCAUGCAGAAGUACGGCCGGGAGCUGGGCGAGGAGUCCAACUUCGGUCUGGCUCUGAUCGAUGCUGGGGAGGCGAUGCGGGAGCUGGGGGAGGUGAAGGACGCUCUGGACAUGGAGGUCAAGCAGAACUUCGUCGACCCCAUGCAGAACAUGCAUGACAAGGACCUGAAGGAGAUCCAGCAUCACCUGAAGAAGAUGCAGGGCCGGCGUCUCGACUUCGACUACAAGAAGAAGCGGCAGGGCAAAGUGACGGACGACGAGAUCAAGCAGGCUCUGGAGAAAUUCGACGAUUCCAAGGAGAUCGCAGAGCAGAGCAUGUUCAACCUGCUAGAGAGUGAUAUUGAGCAGGUGAGUCAGCUGGCGGCUCUGGUUCAGGCACAGGUGAACUACCACAGACAGGCCACCGAGAUCCUACAGCAGCUCUCCGACAAGAUGGAGGAAAGGAUAAGAGACACUUCCAAUAAGCCGAGGAAAGAGUACACUCCCAAACCUCGUACCUCCAUGGACUUCACCCCCACCGAGACCCACAAUGGAGGAAUCAUUGCACGCUCACGCUCACCAGCUCCUAUGGAUCAGCCGUGCUGUCGGGCUCUGUACGACUUCGACCCAGAGAACGAGGGCGAGCUGGGCUUCAAGGAAGGUGACAUCAUCACCCUGACCAAUAAGAUCGAUGAGAACUGGUACGAGGGGAUGAUCCACGGCCAGUCCGGAUUCUUCCCCGUCAACUACGUCGACAUCCUGGUGGCCUUGCCACACUAAUCUCCAGAUACACACCUGUACCCCCCUUAAAUAUCACCCGAGCCCCUGAUUCCCACCACACACACACACACACACACACACACACACUCCUGCAAUUGCAAGAAACACACCAGACAUGAACAGCAGCUUUGUGCAUGAGGACAAAGUGCGUUUGUGCUUUGGACGGCAACGAAAAAAGCAACGAUCUGCCAUUGAGUUGGAGAACUUUGCGUUGUUUAUUUUUGUCAUUAUUUGUUUGUUUGUUUGUUCGUUUGUUUGUUUGUUUUUUGAGAGGUUUAAAAAAGUGAACGCACCCCAUCCUAUCCCAUUCCCAGGUUUGUCUGUUUUAUGCCUUUUCCCGUCGUUUUCUGACACCAGAAUAAAACUAGCUCUUCAGCACCAUGUAAAAAAA